GGCGGGAGGAGACGAGAGCGACCAGCCGCUGACGAAGAUCGAGCUCCAAGCGCGUUGUUCCCUGAAGUGCUUUGAAAUCCAUGUAGGAACAAAAGAUCGUAUUUUGAAGCGGAACUAAUUAUUUACCACGAAGCAUUAUGUGUACGCCGUGUUGUUUCUCGCAGCUGGCCUGCUGCUGUGGCUCUGCUGCCUGCUCUUGUUGCUGUAAAUGCUGCCCCAACAUCAAACAGUCCACAGGGACUCGCUUCAUGUACGCGCUCUACUUCCUGCUGGUCACCGUCAUAUGCGUCGUCAUGAUGACACCCACUGUGGAGGAAGCCCUUAAAAGCCACAUCCCAUUUUACAGUGAACUGUGUGAAAAGCUGAAUGCGGGUGAGAACUGCCAGACCCUGGUUGGUUAUUCGGCAGUUUACAAGAUGUGCUUUGGAAUGGCCUGCUUCUUCUUAUUUUUUGCCCUCUUCACCAUACGUGUAAACAACAGCACUGGAUGCCGGGCAGCUAUACAUAACGGAUUUUGGCUGAUUAAGUUCAUUGUGCUGGUGCUUUGCUGCACUGGAGCCUUCUUCAUCCCUGAACAGGAAACCUUUCUGGAAGUGUGGCGCUAUGUGGGAGCAGGUGGAGGUGCUAUUUUCCUUCUCAUCCAGCUCAUGUUAUUGGUCGAGUUUGCACACAGGUGGAACACAAACUGGAGUUCUGGGGUGAAGUACAAUCGUUUGUGGUACGCAGCCUUGGCCUUCGUGACUCUGAUGCUGUUCACUGUAGCAGUAGGAGCUGUGGUUUUCCUCUGGCUCUUCUAUACUCAACAUCAGGCCUGUCUGCUCAACAGAAUCUUUUUAUGCAUCAAUGGAAGUCUUUGCUUCAUUGUCUCUAUGUUGGCCAUAUCACCGUGCAUACAGAAAUUGCAACCUACGUCAGGCCUUCUGCAGCCAGGGGUGAUCAGUGUGUAUGUGAUGUACCUCACUUUCUCAGCCUUCUCCAGCAAACCACCAGAAAUCCUGGAGAUUGAUGGGAGAAAUCAAACAGUGUGUGUGUUUGGAUUCUCUGAAUCUAAGAGUGAGAGGAAGAUUGUCACUGGGAUUGGAACGGUGAUUCUGUUUGCCUGUGUGCUGUACUCAUGUUUGACAUCCACCACCAAGAGAAGCUCUGCUGCGCUGCGAGUGUACAGAAAUAGUGAGCCAGAGAGUGAGAGAGCCCGUUGCUGUUUCUGUUUAGGAGAUGACACUGAUGAGUUUGAUGAGGAAAAGACCGGUUCAGGACAGAAUGUGAUGUACGAUGAGCGUGAAGGGACAAUCUACAGCUACUCCUACUUCCACUUUGUCUUUUUCCUCGGCUCUCUGUAUGUUAUGAUGACAGCCACCAACUGGUUUCACUACGAUGGGCACAAGACUGAGAAGCUUCUGGACGGUAGCUUGUCUGUGUUCUGGAUAAAGAUAGUGUCGAGCUGGGUCUGUCUGCUCCUCUACAUGGGAACCCUCAUAGCUCCAAUGCUCUGCCCAAAACGCUUUGAAGCCUAGGACCUAGUUCUCAGUCUGGGAUCACCCUGAUUCUCCCAUCUCCAGACUAUAGGUUUCAGCCUGAACCACAAAGAGACCACUGCAACUGAAACUUCAACCUACCUUAAAACACAACCCCACACUACCCUCAGUGUUGCAAGUGGACUGUUGCCUUUGAUUCUUAAACUAGUAUUUGCUAUGUGAAGCUAAUACCUUGAUGGUUAUUUCUGCCUAUUUUUAUUACAACUGACUUAAAGUUUUUGUUACAUUCAUUCAUUGUUACAUACAAAGACUCUAGAUCUUUGUUAUAUUUUUUGUACCCUUUUUCUUGGUUUGUAUUGUUCAUCAUGUGUUUUUUAUAAAACAGACAUCUCAAACUUCAUCAAACCAUUGUUUUUACAUGUAAAAACAAAAGACCUUAAGAGGUAUUUGAGUGUCUUUAUGUACCACUUUGUGAAGCAAACUCAUUCAGUAAUAAUUGGAUGUUGUUCAAGUUGUUUAAGCUCAGGUUAAUCUAAACCUGUAUUUGUUUAUGCUUUGUUAUAUUGUGCCCUUUUGUAGAUGUUUUCUAUGCAAAGCUUUUUAUAUUAGAAAACCUGUGUUGUGAAUAUCUUUUUGGAUUUACCUGUGCUCCCUUAGAGCCUAAUCUUUUUGAAGGGAUGUCCUCACGACCUGUACACUUUGUGGUCAGCUGUUUUAGGCAGUGCUUUUUUAGAUCUGUCAAAGCUGCACUAACACAGUAUCAUCUUUUACCAAAGUACAGGUUAAAAAAAUCAAGUCUAACAUGUUCUAAACAGAUAAGAUCAUAAGUUUUCAUGCAGUGUCAACAGCCUUUUGCCUUUACUGUGUUACGUGUGGCUUUUACAGGUAGUACUCAUGUAGCAAGAGUGUUUGUAUUUUAAAUUAUUCAACACUGGAUGUUGAGUUUACUGCCAAAAUUGAAUUUAGACAUUCAUAUAUUCACAAGUUAUACAUUUUAUUGUAUUGUGUAUAUAUUUUGCAAGCUUCUAAUUUGACUGACUUACCCUUGCUGAUAGACUUUAUUUUAAGUUAUUUGUAGAUUUCAGUCAUAAUUAAAAUAAGUGUACAUUAUAACUGAAAAUACAUUCAUGUAAUCAAUAGUUUAAUCUCAAUGAAUGUAGAAACUGUGGUGCUCUAUAUAAUACAGCCAUACGCUAGGUCAAAGAUGUGUUUACCAAAUAUUGUACCUGUUCCCAUGUUCAUUUUAAUAAUAAAAUAAUCAAGAACA